AUGGAAAUGUCAGAAGAUAUUAAUAUGGAAGACUACCCCACUGAAAUUCAUGAUUAUCUUGCAGCAUUUGAAAAAUCUCUUGAUUCUGUAGAUGAGAUGCUGAAGACAAUGAUGUCAGUGUCCAGGAGUGAGCUUCUCCAAAAGUUAGACCCUCUUGAGCAAGCAAAGCUGGAUUUGGUUUCGGUGUACACGUUAAAUUCAAUGUUCUGGGUAUACUUGGCUACUCAGGGGAUCAAUCCAAAGAAACAUCCAGUGAAACAAGAACUGGAGAGGAUAAGAACAUACAUGAACAAGGUCAAAGAAAUAGCAGACAAGAAAAAGGCAUCCAAACUUGAUAAAGGAGCUGCUUCUAGAUUUGUAAGAAGUGCACUCUGGGAACCAAAACCUGAAAAUGAACUUACCUCCAAAACUCCUGCUAAAGGAAAAAAAAGAAAGAUGGACUGAAUCUUUGUUUUCCCCGAUAUAAAUUAGAGACAUCUAGAACUUAUUUUGAAAUGUGUUUUGCGUACUGCGUGCAUCUUGCAGAGGUGCUCUAUAGCAACAUCUUAAGUUAUACUUAAGAAUUUUCACAUGAUUGUGUUUUGGCCACGUGUCACUGAGGUGGUUGCAUUGUAUGUAUAUCUGAAAGUGCCGUUUGAUGCAAGAGAAGUAAUAUUUUGUUAUUCAAGUGAUAGUGACCUGACAUACAGUUGCUGGUAAUAGAUGCUAGUGUUUUGCUUGUAAUGCCUAAGAAUU